CUGCUACUGCUACUGCUACUGCUACUGCUACUGCUACUGCUACUGCUACUGCUACUGCUACUACUACAACUACUACUACUGCUACUAUUACUGCUAAUAAUAAUAAUAAUAAAUAUUGCAUUUGCAAAGCAUCAAUACGUAAAAUUUAUAUAAUGAUGCAACUUAAUGAUAUUAUAUUUCUAAUAUUAUUACAGAAAACUGUAUAUAAACUUUUAUAUGUAAUAAAAUAAUAUAAUAUAGAUAAAAUAACAUAAACAACAUAAUAUAUACAAUAAAUUUUUAGGUUGUUUUUAAAUGAAUAUUUUAUAUUUUCACUAUAUCUUACAAUGAAUCAAUAUUUUUGAACAGUGUUAUUAAAAAUAUAGCCAAAUAGUUCUACAGUUUUCAAUUUUUUUAAAUUUCUUAAUUUGCAUAUUAUAAAUUUAUUAAAUUUAUGGAAUUAAUUAUUUUUAAAACUGUAUCAUAUAAAAAAUUGAUUGAACAUUUUAUACUUUAUUAUUAUAUUUCAUUUAAUGGAAAAAUGCAAAUCAUUUAAUUAUUUUAAUUUAUCUCAUUAUAUUGUUCGUAUGUAACUAGAAACAGUAUAAAUAAUAAAUAUUGAAAAUUGCAUGAAAAAUGUUAGUUAAAAUUAUAGUAAAGCCGAUGAUUAUACGACGUAUCUUUAGAAAGCUCAUUAUAAUUACGUUAUAAGGGAAAAGCUAGUACAACGCAGUGGAACACGAUAUGACACGAUCCGACAUACAGAAUACUAAUAUUGUACAUGUUAUGCGCUGUCGCAGUCGAAAUAAGCCGAGUAAAACCGAAAGAGAAAGAAAAGAAGUAUGAGCAUUACUAUAUCGUGUACGAUAGUACCCAAUUAGUACUAAGUACGAUUUCAAUAAUUGUUCAAAACAUUUAAAAAAAUAUAUUUCUAAUAUAAAUAUCAUAUAAAUAUUUAUCAUAAAUAUGUAUAAUUAAGAAAUAAAAAAAAAAAGAAAAAAGAAAACAAAAAAGAUAGUUUAUUUGAGAUUGUACGAGUCGUACAUAACGAAUUCACGACUACGAGUCAUUCAUCUAGUCUAGUUUCCGAAUCGAUUUCUCUACGUUUAAUACGUUCGUGUUGUUAACAAUCUUCAACUGUCGAAUUAUGGGCUCAGUCGUUUUAAAAUCUCUCUCAGUUCUUCUUGGGAUAUUCUUCGUUUUCGUUGGUACUAUGAAAUUGACUUCUCAUAUUAGUAAGGAUCUGCACAAGGAUUUGAGAAAAGAAUAUGUGAAAUACGCAAAAGUAUUUCCACUAUCUGGUACACUGGAUUUUAAAGUACCAAGUAAAUGGUAUAGAAGAGUUGUUGGAUCAUUGGAAAUUAUUUGCGGACUCGCAAUGGCCAUAAUUCCAAGCCAUAAAAUAAAAAAUGCAUCAAAUACAGUAUUAUUAUUAUUAAUGUUAAUGGCUGUAUAUUCACAUUAUAUGGUAAAUGAUAAAUUUGAAAGGAUUGCACCAGCAUUGGUGUUCUUUUUUAUGCUAACAGGCCGAUUAGUAAUAGAUUGGCAACUUAGACGAGAAGAUACACAACCAGUAACAGCAAAUGGUGUAGAUGAUAAAACCAAGAAACAAGAUUGAAUUUGGAAUUCUUACAUAUUCAUGAGAUUAAAACUUCAUUUGGUUAUCAUAUUAAUUAUCACUUGCAACGUAUCAUGUAGGUAAUAGUUCGUUAAAAGAAUUCUUAUUAUGCACAACAAAUAAGUUACUCAUUUGAUUUUUGAUUCUUUAUUUAUGAUAAUCAUGUAAAAUAUGCUCUAUUAAACUUAUAUGUUAAUUUUAUUGAAGAUUAUUCAAGAUUUAUAUUAAAUUGCUUUUUCAACAAUAGCAUUUAAAUUUGAAUUUAAAGAAAAUAGAAAUCUUGAAAAUUUCAAAAAAUAUAAAUAUUUAUCAUUACUACAAUAUAAUUUAAUCAAACAUAAAGUAUUAGCUCAAACACAAGGUAUUAACUGCCAUUUGAAUUAAUGUGUUCUUCUUGAUAUCAUAUUGAGAUUAAAUGUUUUUAUGCGUAAACAUUGCAUUAUAACGCACACGCGUGCUUUCUUCGUAUUUAUAUUUUUACUUAAUUAUUUUUUUUAUUUUUAAAGAAGAAAACACGCGUUUUUAAAAUUCGAAUAAAAAUGUACAAAUUUAAAAUUCGUAUAAAAUAUAUAAAUAUGUUAUUGUAGUUGAAACAAAAAUUAUAAAAAAGACUAGUUUGUUUUUAGUUUAAAGUUCAAAACAUUUUAUUAAUAUAAUGGAAUAUACUAUAAUGAACUAAUUGAUUUUAGAAUCUUGUUAUAGCAUAUUUUGAAUUGUAAAUACCUAUUUAUUUAAAACUAUUCCAAAAUUACUAUUCAAUAUAAUGAUUUAAAUAAAAAAGUUUAAUACAAGAUAAAAAACAUAAGUACAAAUAUAAAUAUAAAUUGUAUUUUCCUACGUUUGUUAUAGUACAUUCUAUUAUAUUAUAGGAAAAAAAUGUUAUUAUUGUAUAACGUUAAUUAAUUGUAUAUUUAUUUUUCAAAUGUUAAAUUUAUAAUCAAUGGAAUAAAUUAAAUAAUAUAUCUAUAAAGUAAAGCAAAAAUAAAAAUAGCGAAAAAAUAAGUGUAAAGUUAACAUAUAUAUGUAUAAUGAUAUAUUUGUUGUAAAAUAUUAAGGUUGACUACAUAAGAGAACAUUUUAAAAUUGCGCUAUUUAAUAAUUGCGCGCGCACACAAAACUAAUUUACACGUUCGAAUAAAAAAAGAAAAAUUAAUUAUAAUUUUCAAUUUUUUUGAAAUUUAUAUUUUUAACUAUUUUUUUUAUUUGAAAACAAUCAGAAUUACUAAUUAACUUAUUUAUAUAUUAAUUAACUUAUUAAUACAUGACAUAUGAUUUAUUUUGCACUAUUAAAAUUUUUGAUAUAUAAUUGUGAACUUUCACAUUAAUCAUUAUAAUAAUAGAUUUAAAUAUUAACGCCGAUUUUAUACAUCUACAAAUUUAAUAUAUAUUUCAAAAAUACUUUUAAUUCAGCAUAAAUGUAAUAAUGUAAACAGUUAAAAUAAAUAAUUUAUCAUUUUUAUCAUUUUUACUUAUGUAUCAAUUAAAUCAUUAUUAUUCACAAACAAUAAAAAUUAAUUUACUAAUUAACUGUUAUUAUUAAGUGAAAUAACAAUAUUUUGAUUUUGAUUAUUUUGAUUUUGAUUAUGUGAGUUCUUCACCAGUAGUUAAAAGAUGUAAAGCUUUUUGAAGAUUUAACACAGCUGUAGGCACAUCAUCAUAAUUUAAAGCACUUCCCGACCAUUUAAUAAAUUUUUGUGCCUUAUUUAUUUGUUCCACUGAUAAUUCGAUUCCACCUAUAAUGUAUAUAUAAUUUAUGCAAACAAAUAAUGAUUAUAACAAAUAAUGAA